CAGCUAGUUACCUAUAGAUCGCCAGAUCAGAAGCGAGGGCUAGACGCCGUCGUACAAGGCGUGAGUCCUCUUAUCGUUGUUCUACCUACAGGGGGAGGCAAAACACUUCUACCUUUUACAGCUGCUAUCCUUGAUCGUAGCCAGCAGAUAGAUCGGCUAAGCGUAACGAUUCUUGUCGUCCCAUUUCGAGCUUUAAUUGAGGAUAUGCUCGUACGGCUUGCACAAGCAAAUAUCCAAGCUAUUGAGUGGCAGCCAGGCGAGAUAGGCGAGCUGCAGCGUCGUAGUCGACUGGCUAGCGUAGUGGUUGUAAGUGCUGAC